GUCCCGUCCCGGUGUGAGGCGGUGCUGUCGCUGUCGGCGAGAGCAUAGAUGCCUUCACACUCACACACUCUUCUGAACAUCACACACACCGAAACUACGCCUGGAUUCACCUGACUGAAGAGGAUUCUGUUAAACAGAUCUGAAGUCUAUCGGAUGCGCUCCUCUGGAAUGAGCCCAUGCUGACACCUUACUCCUGGACCCUCUCACUUUUCCUAAGUUCGGGAGUGGUUGUUGCGGUAACCAUGACAGGACCACUGUCCUUCGCUGGACUUGUCUUCCUCCGCCUCCUCUCUUUGCCUCUCGUCACGUCACAGACGCCAUCACUCCCAGCGACCUCUGACCCCGAGCCUGUGCCCUCUCUGCCUGAAGAGUGCCGGAGAAAAAUGCACCCUGUUACCUCCUACACAGCUUUGAGCCCGUGGCUGUCCUCUUUCUCUCUGCCUGGAGUGAACGACUACUCGCCGCUCGCACUCGACCUCACCAGGAACCAGCUGAUAGUGGGAGCCAGGAAUCAUCUCUUCCGGUUGAGUUUGAGCAACAUCUCUCUCCUGCAGGCCACAGAAUGGGCCGUAGACGAGACCACCAGGAGGUCCUGCCAGAGCAAAGGAAAGACAGAGGAUGAGUGUCAGAACUAUGUUCGUGUCCUCCUGUUGAACGGCAGCCGCUUGUUUACCUGUGGCACUAAUGCUUUCAUGCCCAUCUGUACGACUCGCCCUAUUACUGACAUGGCGAGCGUUCUGGAGUCCAUCAGUGGGGUGGCGCGCUGUCCCUAUGACCCUCGACACAACUCUACAGCAAUGAUAACUGAGAGUGGAGAAGUCUAUGCGGCCACUGUGACUGAUUUCUCUAGCCGUGACCCGAUUAUUUACCGCAGUCUGGGGAACAUGCCACCCCUGCGGACCGCCCAGUACAACUCCAAAUGGCUCAGUGAGCCUCACUUUGUCUCUGCGUAUGAGGUGGGCCGCUUCACAUACCUCUUUCUUCGAGAGAACGCAGUAGAACAGGAUUGUGGGAAGACUGUCUUCUCUCGUGUGGCCCGCGUGUGUCAGAAUGACAUCGGUGGUCGUUUCCUACUGGAAGACACAUGGACCACCUUCAUGAAGGCUCGGCUGAACUGUUCCCGCUCUGGAGAUGUUCCCUUCUACUACCAUGAGCUGCAGAGCACCUUCUACCUCCCUGAGCAGGACCUCAUCUACGGAGUCUUCACCACCAACGUGAACAGCAUUGCUGCGUCAGCAGUGUGUGCGUUUAACCUCAGUGCCAUCACACAGGCCUUUAACGGACCCUUCCGUUAUCAGGAGAACCCUCGGACCAGCUGGCUUUCCACUCCCAAUCCCAUUCCGAACUUUCAGUGUGGGACAGUGAAUGAUUCGGGUUCAGGCAGUAAUCUAACGGAGCGCAGUCUUCAAGACGCCCAGCGGCUCUUCCUCAUGAGUGAGGUGGUUCAGCCCAUCUCCACGGAUCCUCUGGUCAUGCAGGACAACAUCCGUUACUCCAGGCUGGCUGUGGACAUUGUUCAGGGGAGGGACACGCUUUACCACGUCAUGUACAUCGGCACAGAGCACGGCACCAUCAUUAAGGCCUUGUCCACCAAUAAUAAGAGUCUGCGUGGAUGUUACUUGGAGGAGAUGAACAUUCUUCCAGAAAACAUGCAGGAGCCAAUCCUAAACCUACAGAUUCUGCACAACGAUAGGUCGCUUUUCGUGGGACUUCCCAGCAGAGUGCUGAAGAUCCCUCUGGAGAGAUGCUCCAGCUACAAAACUGAACAGGAUUGUCUGGGCGCCAGGGAUCCGUACUGCGGAUGGGACCGGAAAGAGAAGCGCUGUACGACGAUUGAGGACAGUUCCAACAUGAGCCAGUGGAGCCAAGACAUCACAAAGUGCCCUGAGCGGAAACUUACCCAAGAUGGUGGAUUUGGCCACUGGUCCCCAUGGCAGGCUUGUAACCAUGAUGACGGAGGGGAAGGCACCAGCACGUGUCAGUGUCGCACUAGGUCCUGUGAUAACCCUCGACCCCAGUGUGGAGGGAUGAAGUGUGUCGGGGCCAACAUAGAGGUGGCCAACUGCUCCAGGAAUGGAGGCUGGACCCCCUGGUCGUCCUGGGCCGAGUGCAGCACCAGUUGUGGCAUUGGAUUUGAGGUCCGUCAGCGUUCCUGCAACAACCCAGCACCCCGACACGGAGGACGCGUAUGCGUAGGUCAGGCGCGAGAGGAGAGAUUGUGUAACGAAAAGAAUCCAUGUCCUGUUCCGGUGUCCUGGGUCUCCUGGAGCGCUUGGUCCAAAUGUAGCGUUGCCUGUGGUGGUGGAGUCCAAUCCCGUGUUCGAACCUGCGAGAAUGGCAACUCGUGUCCUGGUUGCCCUCUGGUAGGGUCUUCAACUAGUCAUAAAAUCAACAAAAACCCUGUUAUAAACAAAAAAUCACAUCAGAAUCUAUCAUGUGUGUGUUACUGCAUCCAGGAGUAUAAAGCGUGUAAUUUGGACGCGUGUGCCGAGGUGAGGCGCACCACGCCGUGGACCCCCUGGUACGCUGUUAACGUGACUCAGAUGGGUGCGAGACAGGAACAGAGGGUCAGGUACACCUGUAGGGCUCUCCUCGCUGACCCUCACGACCUGCAGCUCGGCAAACGCAAGAUAGAGACUCGCCUCUGUCCCACCACUGACGGAGCUGCUGUCUGUGAGACUGACGGUCUAGUUGAGGACUUGUUGAGAAUGGGUCGACCCGUCACACGAGUGCAAGGAGCCGCCUGGUCAUCAUGGGAAACGUGGUCUGCAUGUUCCAAAGAGUGUUCCAAAGGCUUUCGCACACGCAAGCGCUCCUGCGCCACUCCUGAUGGGAAGAGCACACCGUUCGCCUGCAGCGGGGCGCCCGUCGAGUAUCAGGACUGCAACUCUCAGCCAUGCCCAGUGAAGGGGGCGUGGUCAUGCUGGUCUUCCUGGUCCCAGUGCUCUUCUUCCUGUGACGGCGGUCACUACCAGCGCUCUCGUACCUGCUCUAACCCCACGCCUGCUCAUUCUGGAGAUAUCUGCAUCGGUCUGCACACGGAGGAAGCUCUCUGUAACACACACGAGUGUGAAGGUGGGUGGGGGGCGUGGUCAGAGUGGGCGGAGUGUAAUGAGGAGGGGCAGCAGCUCCGCGGUCGGAUAUGUGAAAUUAACUCCUCUUGCCAAGGAAACUCUACAGAUCAGAGAACGUGUCGGCCCAAUGAGAGCGCAGUGCUGUCAAAGGGACAGAGGAGGAACUCAAACUGUGGAGGGUUUUCUCUGUUCCACUUGGUGCUGACCGGCGCAUGUUGUUUUGUGGGAGCUGUUCUGCUGUCCGUCCUGGUGUACGUGUACUGUCAGAGACUCCGCAAACCUCCUCAAGAAUCCGCAGUUAUUCAUCCCAGCACUCCCAACCACUUACACUAUAAAGAGAACAGCUGCGCGCCCAAGAACGACUUAUACACACCCAUGGAGUUCAAGACUCUGAAUAAGAACAACCUGCUUCCACCUGAUGAAAGCUGCAACUUCUUCCCAUCAGCCUUGCCACAGACCAACGUCUACGCCACCACGUAUUACCCGUCUCCUCUGGGCAAGUAUGACUUUCCUUCCAUGGACCCACCUUGCAGCUACAUGCACAGCUGAUGCACAAAGACACACAUCAUGCUUUCUUAGGGGUGUGUGACCACGGUUACACACCCUUAUCCGUCCAUGCAGAUGCAUUGGAAAAUGCAUGGAUCCACAGGAAGGUCGAGCGCAUAACCUGCAUCUCAAAAGAUGCAGGAACACGCAACGGAUUGUUGUUCGGAUAAGACGGGCCCAUGUAGUUUUCUUGUAGCAUUUCCUUUCCUAAAUGUCAUCUCAAUCUGGAAGUCACGGGUUCAGUUGAUCACAUGCGUUGUAAUAACUACAGACUGACACUCACAAAGCAUGCUCACUUCCUAAAACGCAGAGGAGCGAGAGGAUUUCUGGCAUCUUCGCUCUUCACGUGAAGCUCAAAACCGAAUGGUGACGCA